AUGGAAGAUGACAGUGAACCCGAGCAAAGCUCCUGGGCCUAUCUACCUGAUGUCUGUCUGAGGCAUGUCUUCCAUUGGUUAGAUGACAGGGACAGAUCUCGGGCUGCCUUGGUCUGUAAAAAAUGGAGUUGCACCAUGGACUCUGGAUCUCUCUGGAGAUGCAGAACCAUCACAUUCUAUGGCCAACCAUCAAGGGCACGCACAUUGGAGUUUCAAAGUGCACUGUGGUAUACCAAGAAAUUUGGCAAGUAUUUGAAGCACCUUGAGAUCAAGUUAUCGAAUCCUUACAAUACUCCCUUUAUCAAAAAAUUUCAAGUGAUUAUGAGAGGUCUUCUUUCACACCUGGGUAAGUGUAAUAGCCACCUAGUAUCCCUGAGCAUCAAGUACCUAGAAUUAGAUUGCUUGAUCUGGAAAAAUGUGGUUAGGGCUCAGUUUAUCAAGAACUUAGCUGCCUUCCUGAAAAGAAUGAGCAAACAACUUGAUUAUCUUAACUUAAAAGGAGCGAGAAUAACAUUGGAAGAAGGUUGUGAGCUUCUGAAUUCUCUGAGCAGCUUGACAAAUAGAAGCUUUAUAUCUGAAAUCAAUAUUGAGGAUUUCUUCAGUCUCCACCUUUCUGUCUACAGCAGUGCCUUGUUCCACCAAACUAUGUCUAAGUUCCACAGGCUGACCAUCCUGACUUUCAAUUACAACUGCAUCUCUGAUGAACUGCUGGACAUCCUGCGGGAGCACAGCUCUCAUUCCCUGUGCACCUUGAAUAUCAAGUGUCAUAUCCAUGACCCUCAUGGGCAAGUGGUCUCAGGAACGUCAUGGGCAAACCUGGCCAAGAGAGCCCCCAAACUGAACGUGAAUUUCUUCUUUGAAAGAGUCAUGAAGCAUGAUCACCUAGCUAGGAUCCUGCUGGUGGAGAUCCCAGUUAGGAGCAUCAGCCUACGGAGCUGUUAUUUCAGUGACCCAGACUGGACAAUGAGACCUACUCUCACCAACCUUCUCCCAGCUUACUGGCAUGGCCUGCAGAAAUUAACACUUGAAUUGAACAAUGACCACGAGUUCCUGGACAAUGAGCUGCUGCAACUUAUCUUAUCAUGCAAGAGGUUGUUAUUUCUGAAAGUCUGGGCAUUUCUAAGUGUCAGCUUUAUGGAGAGGCUGCUACAAAACCGUGCAGAACGGAAAUGCAUUUUGACUACCAUAAAGGUCAGGAUUUAUACAGCCCAAGACAACAGCACUGAAGAGGAGCGGCUGUUAGCUGAUAUUUACAGGAAAUUCAAGUACCUGAUUGACUCAGAACUGAAUUAUUUUGUCAUCACCUACCCAAUGAUAUAAACUACAAGAAGAGAAGAACAACCAGUGACAUCUGCAUUAACGGA